CGCAAUAGGGUAAGUUCCUUUUCCUCGGUGCUUCAUUUUGUUCUGCCGAGUGCUGAUUUCGAGUCGAUCAUGGCCGAUCCGCGACCAUCAGGAAGUUCAACAUCUUCUAUCAAACUUGUACUGCGAGCUGAAAAAGAUUUGCGGAACGUGUUGUGGGCAAGGUCGUUUCACGCUGCGGAGAUCGGUUGACGACGGCAGAACGUCUCAAGAUGGGGCGCCGUCCAGCAAGAUGCUACCGUUACUGCAAGAACAAGCCGUACCCGAAGUCGCGCUUCUGUCGUGGUGUGCCGGACCCGAAGAUCCGUAUCUUCGAUCUGGGCCGCAAGAAGGCGUCGGUGGAAGACUUUCCGCUCUGCGUUCAUCUCGUGUCGGAUGAGUACGAACAGCUAAGCUCGGAAGCGCUCGAGGCAGGCCGUAUCUGCUGCAACAAGUACCUGGUGAAGUUCUGCGGCAAGGACCAGUUCCACAUCCGCAUGCGUCUGCACCCGUUUCACGUGAUCCGCAUCAACAAGAUGUUGUCCUGUGCCGGAGCUGAUAGGCUCCAAACGGGAAUGCGUGGUGCGUUCGGUAAACCGCAGGGUACGGUUGCGCGCGUCCACAUCGGUCAGCCGAUCAUGUCGGUGCGCUCGAGCGACCGUUACAAGGCGCAGGUCAUCGAAGCGCUGCGUCGUGCCAAGUUCAAGUUCCCCGGUCGCCAGAAGAUCUUCGUGUCGAAGAAGUGGGGAUUCACCAAGUACGAUCGCGACGUGUACCAGAAGCACAACGAGGAGGGUCGCCUGGUUGCGGACGGAUGCGGCGUACAGUUCCGCAACGAUCACGGACCGCUGGCGAAAUGGGAGCAGCAUGAGCGCAAUCGAUUGGCCGCCUAAACCUCCCACCCCCCCUCCAACGGUGAAGGUUUACAGGGCAAAAAGUAUGUGUUUUGUUGUACAGCAGGGUUUUCUGAGCACGAUAUUUGUAACGGGAGAAUGUGGAUCCGCGGCGCGGCUCACAUACAACCACGCGCAGGGAGCAGUAGCAUGUGGUUUUCAAUUUUUUUGUAAGCAAUUACUGUGGAUGCGAAAUACAUGCUUCUGAGCGGAGAAAAAACUG